GACACAAUUUGGCGUAAUUUUUUGUCAAAAUUUAAAAUUUGUAUCAAAAUUAUUUUCUUGCCUCAUUAACUUGCUAAUUUAUUUCUGAUAAAUCUAAAAAUUUUCGUUCGCAAAAAUGGCAGAAGAUGAAGAAGAAACAGGUGAAGAAUACACUGAAGACGAAGAAGCUAUAGAGGAAGGAGUAGGUUUUUCCACCCAAAGAAGUCGAAGUCCCAAAUCUCGAAAAUGUUGUAACCACAGAAUCGAUGAAUUAUCGACACCUUAUAGAAGAAUAUUUCUGGCUUUAUGGAACGAACACGCGUACCACCUUCCGAAGGACAAAGUAAAAAAUUUAAAGCUGCUUUUGCGGCAGUUGUAUGCGAUGUCUCCCGAGGAAACUGCAAAAUACUUCGCCGAACUUAGAGCGGAAGCUAGAGCAGCAGCAAUGAGAAAAAAACUUAAGCAAAAGUUACGCAAAUAUUUAAUGGACAAACACCACCAAAGGCAAAGGCAGCGCGCAUUUAAGCUUUUUAGGAGGUUAUUAAAAUGUGGUAUUUCGUAUGCUGCUAGAAAUCCUGUACCGCCUCUGGUGUCAAUACGUCUGCGAUAUUUAUCUAACAUAAUUUUAGAACAACUGUGCGACUUAAGAUGUGUGGAUGUGCCAAAUCGCUCAAACCCCGACAAAAUUGGAAAUUUUUUGAUAUCGGUUGCGGACUGGAUGGCAAUUGCUGUUGAACGCUUAUAUUUUGCGGCACAGAUAUCGAUUAACCAACUGACAGUUCAAGAUGAUGACACAUCUUUGCUACAAGAUGAAACUUUUGAUUUAUCAGAAACGUAUAAAGAUUUUGGUCCACCUGCUGCCUCUUCCACCCCACAAAAAAUGUCUUUGGAUUCACAAAAUAAGACAAUGCAAGUACCUUCUAAAUUCGAAGACAUGGGGCAACCUGCUGGGGCUUCUACACCCAAGAAACUAUCUUUAGAUCCGAAUAAUCAAACAACUGAACAGAUGAAACCUCCUAGUCGUCUGUCUUUAAAACCUUACUAUAGUAUCAUAGAAGCGAAACCUGUUGCCAGUUCUAACCCCAAGAAAAGCAAAAUACCAACGAAAAAACCACUUUAUAAUUUUCAAAACGCGAAGAAUGAGAAACUAUGUCUUGACAAAUCUAGAUUGGAAAUGCCACCGUAUAGAUUCCCACGAAAACGUUCGCAAACAUCCGCCACCAAAGAAUCACUUAACGAAAAAUCGAACACGCAAAGUUUUACACACCGAACUAUCAAUAAAAAUCAAACGCAUUGUAUAAGACAUAUUAAAUGAUCACCGAUUAGUAUUUAAAGUGCUGUGUUCCGUGUUAUGUAAUUGGUAGACAAAGCACCUCAAAAGGAUUAAAGCACAUAAUUUUUAUUGAU